UUUGGCUCUAUCUUUGAUUGGGAAAAAAUUUCGUAUCAAGUAGUAUACUUGUCCAGAGUGGCUAGGCAGAGAGUAAAUGGUAAUAUGUCUGCUAUAUCUACUGGGAUGUCUUCGGGAAGUCUUGAUAGUUCUAACCUGUUAGCUAAUUGGUUUUGCUGA